CUAGGGAAUUAUUAUUAAAGCUUAAGUUUUGUAAAAAAGUGCAAUAAAAAAUAAAUUUAUGAAGAACUUUUCUUAAAUUGUUCGAAUAAAUUGAGAAAAAAAUCUGAAAAAAAAUGGAAAAGUUUUUGUGGAUUCCAACAUUAAUUUUAAUUUUAAGUCUAAAAUAUGUGCAUGGAAAUUUUAGAUUAGAAGCUCGCCUGAAACACAACUUAACUCUGACAGAGCGAUUAGAAAUUGAAAAAUCGACAUAUCAUUGGUAUCCAUACCAAAGAAUUGCUUAUCAUGCACUACCAGAUGGAGAACUCCAAGAAUUUUGCUUAGAAGAUCGACCAAGUGCAAUUGAAGAGUUCCCAGAUGGAAUUUGGACUCGUGAGUAUUUAAAAAGAUUAACUGAAUUUUCUAUUUGA